AUAAAUCAAUCAAAUGAAUCCAUUAUCCAAGUAGGAGAUAUUCGUUAUCCACACAUGGAUUGGAUUCAAGCGGAUUGCAACGAUUCAAAUUACAGUUUUAGCGAACCAUUAUCAGAUACUGAUUAUAUUGAUGAAAAGAAUUUGUCCAAACGUGAAGCUGAAAAACAAGCCUUAAUACAAUUAGAGAAAGCACAAAUAAAGCCUGUAGCGUUCGCUGUACGCACCAAUGUUUCAUUUGAUUCAACAAUUGAAGAUACUUGUCCUGCACCCGGUUAUGGCCUUUCAUUCAACGCAAAUGAAUAUCUCCAUAUUAAAGAGAAAUACAGCAAUGAUUGGUGGAUUGGCCGUGUGGUCAAAGAAGGAACGAGAAUCGGUUUUAUACCCAGUCCAGUUAAAUUGGAAUUAUUACGUUCACAGCAACAAUCACAUCAACAUCAUCCACACAAAGGUCGUUCAUUACUUUUACAUCGAUUUAAUUCUUCAUCAAAAAUGGAUGAACAUUCACGAUCUUCGGGAGGUUCGACUCCAGAUGACGAUUCCAGAGGUAAUAAAUCAGCUGUUUCAACACCAACAACACGUGAAAGAAGAAAAACUUUUUUCAAAAAGGCCGAAAAUAUUCCACCUUAUGAUGUAGUGCCUUCGAUGCGUCCAGUUGUAUUGAUUGGUCCAUCGUUAAAAGGCUAUGAAGUGACCGAUAUGAUGCAAAAAGCAUUAUUUGAUUUUAUUAAACAUCGUUUUGAAUCACGAAUCAUUAUAACACGUGUGAGUGCCGAUAUUUCACUUGCCAAACGUCCGUUAGUUAAUUCAAAUAAAAAAGCAUUAUUGGAUCAUGGUCGAAUCAAUUCAAGAGCAUCGACCAUAUCCGAUGUCCAAGCCGAAAUAGAGAGGAUAUUUGAAUUAGCUCGAACUAUGCAAUUAGUUGUACUUGAUUGUGAUACAAUAAACCAUCCUUCGCAAUUGUUGAAAACUUCAUUAGCUCCAAUCAAUGUUUAUGUGAAAAUUUCUUCAACUAAGGUCCUACAACGUUUGAUUAAAUCUCGGGGAAAAUCUCAAAGUAGAAGUCUUAAUGUACAGAUUGUUGCUUCCGAAAAAUUAGCUCAAUGUCCACCGGAAAUGUUUGAUCUAGUAUUAGAUGAUAAUCAAUUGGAUGAUGUUUGUGAACGAUUGGCGGAAUAUCUAGAAUCCUAUUGGCGUGCCACACAUCCACCAAUCGUAGCAUCAUCAGCUUCAACUAAACGUGAUACAAGUAUAGCAACUACAAGUGGAAAACGAUCAAUGAAACCCGGUGGAAGUACUAAAAAUCAACAACAACAACAACGAGGAAAUCAUUUAAGUGACAAUGUAAAUGCUCAUCAAACUAAUCCGAUGAAUAUUAUACCACAAAGAUAUCCACAAGAUGAAACUAAUCUAGAAGAAGAUAUUUUAAAUAAUCAGAUUCCGCCACAACAAUCACAACAACAACAUUCUCAUCAUCAUACACAUCCACAACAACAACAACAAAAACAACAACAGCGUUUCGGUGAUCACGCACAUGUGAUGUAUAAUAAUUAUGAACAACAACAACAACAACAACAACAAUUAUAUAAUUAUGAUGAUAAUAUUCAAGAUAUUGAUCCAUAUAGACAACAACAUGGUCAUCUAUAUGAUCCAAGUGUUGCUUCAACACAUCAAAUCAUACAUUCACGCACAUCGCGAGAUUAUCAUCAUCCAUCGGCAUCAUCAAAUACAACAAGAACAUAUAAUGUUAAUGCAACACCACCACAUUCAUCUCGAACACCAUACACGAAUUCUUAUGGUAAUAAUCAAACAUCAACGAAUCCAUAUUAUACAGAUGAAGUUUCCGGUUCUAGUCCUCAUCAUAUUGCCAGUUCAUCAUAUCCACCAAUUGAUCAUCAACAUCAUCCAUACAAUUAUUCAUUAGAUGCAUAUGCCGGAAUCGGAAAUGGUCCCGAUGAUAUUGAUCCAAAUGGUUCCGGUAAUAAUAUAGUUUUGGAUAGCCGUUUAGAAAAAGAAUAUCGUGAUCGUAGUGAAUGGCUAGCUAGCGGUGUCGGUGUAAUGUCCGGUGCAGCUAAUUCUUCGAAUUAUCGUCGACAACCAUUACCACCACAAACAUCACAAAGUUAUACGGAUAAAUCAAGUUUUCAUCAAUACUAUAGACCAUAUUUAAAUUACAAUCAAGGUGUUUCAUAUAGUUUUGAUGAAUCUGAUUAUAGUGGAUUUGGUGGUGGUGGUGGUGGUGUUAGACGGCCAAAUAAAAGUGAUAAUAAUGGUCAACAACAACAACAAUUAUAUGGUGGUUAUCGUGCAAAUACAAUCGAAUCAAUGUCAUACGGCAAUUCUGGUGGUAAUGUUGUCUGUAAUAACCGACAAUCAUCCACAACUGAUAAUGAUACACAAAAAGCAACAGCAUCAAUGGCCAAUUAUAAUAGCUAUCAUUAUUGAUUUGAUUCGAUAAAAUUUUUUGUUUUUUUUUUUU